UGACAAUUGAUGGAAUCAACUGAAAACAAUCAAAUUCACGAAAAAGGAAAUUUAAUAAAUAGAAAUUAUGGAUUUUAUUGACGAUUUCAUACAAGAAUAUAAAAAUAAUCCUUGCCUUUGGAAGGCUGAUUCAGCGAAUUAUAAAAAUCGCGUCAAGCGCCAAGAGGCCUAUAUGAAACUAAUUGAUGUAGCCGCAAAACAUGGCGAACACUACAAUGUAGAGAGAACCAAACAAAAAAUAAAUAAUUUGCGCUGUGCUUUCCGUCACCAGCUCAAAAAGUACAAUGAACUCAAGACUAAGGGAGAAAAGGAGGAGCCCUACUGUCCCAAACGCAAGUAUUUUGAAUCUUUAAUGUUUCUCAAAGAUGAAGAGAUUCGAGACAAGAGAAUCCUCAACAACAGUAAAGUAGACAACUCGAUCAGUGAAAUAACAAUAACCAGUAUCACCCGAGCCAGCAAUGGCAAGAACGAGAGGCGUUUACUUAGCACUGAGACGGAAAGUGCUUCAUUGGAGGUGGUAGAUCCCGACAAGCAGUCGUCCAUCAAUGGUGUUGAAGAUGCAAUGCAAGUACCCAAUAAUCUGUUUUCAGAUAUUUGCAAAGAAAUUCGAAAGGAAAAUAACUGUACUGAGGAAGAAGAGGAUAUGACUGGUGAGGAGACAACAGCCACAGUCAAUAUAUCUGUCAUCUCGGAGAAAGGUAUACCCAUAAGCCAAGAUAUUGAAGAGAUUGCUAUAACGCCCAUCCGGAAAGAUCAAGUAUUCAUUGUAGAUACAUCAACUGCUAACAACCCCACCACCAUUUCCACCGCCACCACUAUAAGCAGCUCAACACCCCACAUAAAGCAGCAACAGUCGUCUAACAAUAAAUCCCGCAAACGAUCAUCCUCCUUUUCAUCUCAACACUCCAAUGAAACUGACACCACAACACCCAUCAAAACUUCGAAAAGUGAUAUCACGUUGGAUAUCGAAAAUCUGUUAUCGCUGGCCUGUAAGAAUUUCCAAAAGAACACCUCUGAUCACUACACCAGUUUUGGAGAAAUUGUUGCUCACAAACUUCGUACGAUGGAAGCCAAACAAGCCAUUUAUGCAGAAAAAAUAAUCUCGGAUAUCUUGUAUCAAGGUCAAAUGAAGUAUUUAUCGACAUCAUCCAUAGAACGGUAUUCACAAAUCGAUCGAACACUAUCAGAUCAAAAGAAAGGAGAAUAAAUUAAAAAGAAAAUAAUCAAUUAUCAUUUCAAUGUAUCGUACGAACUCAACAGGAGCAAAACAAUUAAGGAUAAAUAAAAUAAAUGGACAGCAAUUUGUACAUUUAUACAAUUAAGGCGAUAAUGAAAAAAUAUGAUGAUUUAAUGGAUAACUCAUAAUAUAAUAAUUUCUCUAUAAUCUAAUUUUUAAUAUUAAGUACAAUAUUUUUUAAAAAUUAUGAAACAAAAAAAAAACAUACCCUUUUUGCAAUAAUAAAAUUUGUUUAUUAUUAUAA